CCUAGGGCCACUCUUGCCUAGGGUCACUCUUACGUGCAGCCGACAGGGGCCGUCUUGCUGGCUCGCAGGCGGGUCGAUCGCGGCGCGCCCCGGGCGCGCGGGCCAGAGCUCCCUCGGGGCGGUGCCACCGACGUGGGGCCAGACACCCCGCGCGCGGGCGACAUGCACGCCGCUGGCGCCCCCGCGCAUGGCGAGCCCCCGUGCCCGCGCCCCGCGAAGCGCCUGCGGCCGCCCUCCGCCGGCGGCGGCGGAGCGCGCGAGGCCUCCGCCCGCGAGGCUCUCCUGCCGAGCCGCCGGGAGCCGAAGGAGGUGCGCCGCAGCCGCGCCGAGGACCUGGAGCGCCCGGGCUUGCUGGGCCUGGCGCGCAAGACGGGGUGCGCGCUGGGCUCGGUCCAGCAGGUCCAGCAGAAGGCCGACGGGACGGUCUGGAGCUGGGACUUGCGGUCUCCUGAGCGCGGGCCCGCGCCCGCAGGGGCCGGCGGGCCAGGGGGUCGCCGCGGGGCCGCGGGAGCUCGCCCCGCCGUCAGGCUCGCCGGCCGCCUGGGUCCGAGGCUGCUCGCGGCGACCCCGCAGGCGAGGACGCUGCCGCAGCACUGGGCCAGCGGUCAGGCCGCCACGUGCACGCCCGCGGAGGACGACCGCGCAGCCCCCGCACCGGUGCCCUGCACACCCCGCGCCUUGGGCGGCUGCGCCCGCGCACACCCGACGACGGAGCCAAGCGCGCCCGCGGGGGCAACGCGCGCGGGCGGCCCGCACGCGCAGCCCGCCCCCGACGCGCCGCCCGCGCCCGCGCCGAAGCCAGCGGGCGAGGGCCCGCCGCCGGCGCCCGGCGGCGGCGCCAAGGCACGCCUGGGGUGUCGGGCCUCGCGCGCGGUCAGACAGCUUCCCGGCGCGCGCCCAGAGGCCGGCGCGGAGCUGGAGGGGGUCAGCGCGAAGCCGUCGGCGGAGGGCGGGCAGCUGAGCCCAGCGGUGGAGGGCGACACGCAGCUGGACACGUACGGGUGGCCGUGGGGCGACGAGGGCCUGCAGCCGAGUGCAGCCGAUCGGGCGGGCGCCGCGGCGGAGCUUCCAGGAUCGGCGCAGAGGGGCGACGACGAGGAGACCGAGUCCGAGUCCGACGCCUGGGCGGAGGCAGCCGCCGCAGCGCCGCAGGCUCUCCUUGAGCGCGCGGCACAGGCCGAGCGCGCGGCACAGGCCGGCCACGAGGCGGCCGAAGCCGAGCGCAGGGCGGCGGAGGCCACAGGCGCGGCGGAGGCCGAGCGCAAGGUGGAGGCCGUGCGCGCGGCGGAGGCCGAGCUCAAGGCGGACGCCGAGCGCAAGGCAGAGGCCGCCCGCGUGGCGGCGGAGGCCGACCGCAAGGCGGAGGCCGUCGUGCGGGGCGUGCUGGAAGACGCCCGCACUGUGUGUUCCGCGGUGGGGCCCGCCGUGCAGCGGAUGCAGACCGACCUGGGGGCGGCCGCCGCCGCAGGAGCGCUAACGCUGAAGGACGAGCUCCAGCAGUUCAAGGCCGCCGCGGCCUCGGGCGGCUGCCGCGGCGGCCCGCUCUCCGGCCCGGGCCUGGCGGAGGCCGCCGCGGAGCUCUGGGCGGGCUUCGGCGGCCGCGAGGGCUACGCCGCCUUCGCGGAGUGGGCCGCGGAGGCGCCCUGCGCCGGCGAGGCCCUCGGCGCGGGCGCGGCUGACGAGAGCGAGAAAACCAGAGAGUUGUUGCAGCAUGCUCCAGAGUUACCUUUGGAAUGGUUCACUACCUUCGCGAGGGGACAAAAUCAGAAGCUCGAACAAACCAUUGACAACAUGAGCGUGAUGAACACCAAGAUCGGGGAGAUGAAGAAACACACCAUGGGCAUGGACAGGCUGAUCGAUGUGGAGGCGAGGAACGGGUCUUUUUGCGGCAACCCUCACCUCGAAGACACAGUGGCCCAGAAGUUGAUGAUGAGCGUCGUGCUACCGCCCCUGCAGUCACGCGUGCGCUACGUAGCCGCGCGGGUGCAGUGGUGGCUGCGGCGCCAGGCGGCGCUGGCGCUGGAGCGCAUGCAGGCUCCAGAUGAACGCCUGCCCAACCAGCUCCACUCCCAGUGCCAGGCGGCGCUGUGCUCGCGCCCAGUAGCAUCGCUGGUCGAGGAGGCGAUCGAUGCCGCGGCCGCGGCGGCCGCGGCGCGGAUGCUCUCGGACCUGGACGCGGUAUUGAUGGCGGGUUGCCUGCACCCGCGGUUGCUGUUGCUCCCCGACACGCAGCCGGAGCAAAACCCCGGAGGCCUGCGAGUGGCGUCCCAGUCCGGCGCCAAGCGCCGCGUGCUGGAGGAGAUGCAGAGGCGGUCCAGACGGGGCCAGGACGAGGAGGAAUCCGAUCCAGAGCGUUAGUGGAACACUCUCCGAGAGUUCCGGAGCGCUUCGAGAGGACCGCGGCGCCCGAAACA